ACACAAAGUACCUAUGUUCGCCCAUGUCAAAUGCUGAGGCGGGAGCAGAAAAUAGGUAGUCGAGAACAGCUGCAGACAGAGCCACUUCUUUUAAGAACUUUUCUCGGCUGGAAAGGCGCAUGCGGUGCAUAAUUUGGGGCUCUGAUGCCGGUCUAUACGCUGCGGGGGGUCCAGGUGGACUUCCCGUUCAGCGCCUACGACUGCCAGCUCGUGUACAUGGAGCGGGUCAUCCAAGCCUUGCAGACGGGCCAGAAUGCUCUCUUAGAGUCCCCCACGGGAACAGGAAAGACCCUGUGCCUUCUUUGCGCCACUUUGGCAUGGCGGGAGAGCCUGAAGACAGCCAACAAACCUCAGCCGCCAAAUCCGCAGGGGCCGCCAGUGCAAGCAGCUGGAAACUGGCAGCCACAGUCCAGUGCGCUCCCCCUCACCAGCGGCGAGGCUUUCACUGGCGGGUUUCUGAGCCAGGUGUCGAACCCCAAUACGAUCUCAGCACUUCCCACAAUCGUGUACUCUUCGCGCACGCACAGCCAGCUGCAGCAGGUCAUCAAGGAGCUCAAGAAUACGAACUACAGGCCCAAGUCAACGAUCCUGGGGUCCCGGGAACAGCUCUGCGUACAUCACGACAUCUCUAAGCUGAGGGGCGUCGCUCAAAACACAACGUGCCGGGCCACAGUCCAGGCACGCGGCUGCCGGCACAACGUCGAGAUAGAAUCGUUCCUGCACGGGAACCCCGACUUUGGUGCGGAGCCGCUCGACAUCGAGGACCUGGUCACCAUAGGGCGCGAGAUCGGGCCAUGCCCUUAUUAUCUGUCGCGAGAGCUUAUGGCGGCUGGCGCGGAGAUUCUGUUCAUGCCGUACAACUACUUGAUCGACAAGAAGCAUCGCGAGACGCUCAAGGGGGUCAACUGGGCAAACACGGUGCUCAUCUUCGACGAGGCGCAUAACCUGGAGGGCAUCUGCGCGGACGCGGCGUCGUUCGACCUCCCCGCGCUGCACCUGACGCAGUGCAUCACGGAGGCGGGCCGCUGCGUGGAGCUGGCCAGCCAGGCCUCUGCCUCCGGCUUCGCGGGCGGGGGGACCAGCGCUAGCGCGGAAAACUUCCUGACGCUCAAGCACCUGCUGUUGAAGCUGGAGGACAAGAUCCGGGAGGUGCCGCUGGCGGGCGCGGACGGCUUCACGCGGCCGGGGCCGUGGCUGCUGGAAUUCCUGGGGGAGCUCAACAUCAACUAUGAGACGGCGGGCCUGCUCAUGGACACCAUCGACGAGGCGACGGCCCUCCUGGCCGACGAUGCUGCCGACAAGGGCGCGCGCUCGGGCGCCCGCCAGACUAGUUACCGCCUGUCCACGCUCGCCGAGGCGCUGCGCAAGGCCUUCACAACCGAGGACUCCAUGCUCGGCCCGGGGCAAACUCCCGGGGGGUCCAGCAGCUCGUACCGGGUGCACAUUCACGAGGGGGGCGGGCCCCCCGGGCGCGCCAACCGGGCGGUCGGGGGAUCCCCCCAGCGGACGCUGAGCUACUGGUGCUUCGACCCGGGGACGUGCUUCCGGGAGUUUGCGCGACUGGGCGUGCGCAGCGUGGUGGUGACGAGCGGAACGCUCGCGCCGCUCGAGAGCUUUGCGCACGAGCUCAAGCUGCCGUUCCAGAUCCGGUUGGAGAAUCCCCACGUGAUCCAGCCCCGGCAGGUGUGGGCGGGGGUCGUCCCCGUGGGGCCGUCGGGGAAGGCGCUCAACUCGUCGUACCGCACGCGCGACUCGCCCGAGUACAAGUCGGAGCUGGGGAACGCCAUUGUCAACUUUGCGCGCAUCGUCCCGAACGGCCUGCUCGUCUUCUUCCCGUCGUACCACCUGCUGACGUCAUGCCUCGAGUUCUGGCAGACGCCCGCGCCCGGCGCGGCCACCACCAUCUGGGAGCGCAUCACGCGCCACAAGCAGCCCGUCGUCGAGCCGCGGGAGGCUGCGCUCUUUAACCAGGCGAACGAGGAUUUCUACGCGAAGCUGGAAGACAGCGCGGCCUCGGGGGCCGUGUUCUUUGCGGUGUGCCGGGGCAAGGUCAGCGAGGGGCUCGACUUCGCGGACAAGGCGGGGCGCGCCGUUAUCAUCACCGGGAUGCCAUACGCUAUGAAGCUGGACCCCAAGAUCCGGCUGAAGAUGGAGUUUCUGGAUGACAACGCGCGCGCGCCCGGGGCGGCCUCCUCCGGGCAAAAGGCCCUGUCAGGCGACCAGUGGUACGUGCAGCUGGCCACCCGGGCGGUGAACCAGGCGGUCGGGAGAGUCAUCCGCCACCGGAACGACUACGGGGCCAUCAUUCUGUGUGACGAAAGGUUCGGCCAAAACAACAUGCAAAACCAGCUGUCUCUUUGGCUGCGCCCUUACCUGCGCCGCCACUCCAAGUUCGGCGAGGCCCUGUUCACGCUCACCCAGUUCUUCCGCGACCAGGCCGCGACUGCCGUCCCCGUGGCGCCCAGAGCGGAAACGGGGCCUUCUUUCGGCGGCGCAAAAAAACGGCUCCGGUCGGAGGAAGAGGGGUUGGAGGUGGGACUGGAAGAAGGGGCGAAUGGGCGGAGGGCCCGCCCUCACAUCGAAAUGAGCUUUGAAGAGUUGGCGGGGAAUGCGGGGUUCACCAACGGAGGCGUGCCGGGGAGCCCCUCAGCCCCCGACUCUUCUUCCCGUCCCGGGGGCAUCCUGGCGAUCCUGGCGGCCAACAAGCCCGACCAACCGGGGGGCAGCUACCGGGCACUCAAGGAGCAGAAGAAGGGCAGCCUGUCGGCGCUGCUCGCGGCCAACCGGGCGCAGGCUGAGGUGCAGAUCCCGCUUCCGGCUGGCGUCAUGCUGAGCGAAGCAACCAUCACUGCGGCCAACGCUGCGAUCGGGAGCAUGGCGGGGAUUGUUAGAGCCGAUAAGCGUGAGGGUGUGCGGGGUGUGAGUGGGGGUGCGAGUGCGGAGAAAGGGACUGAUCUGGUGGUUGGAAGCGGGUCGGAAAAAGAGAUUGGGUUAGUCGAGGCAAGUGGGUCGAAGGAGGAAAGGAUAAGUAGCAGGAAUCAGGGAGAAGCGAGAGGAGACGAGUUGAGAGACGGUGGACUGGGGCAGAGCGGUUCAGGAAGGAAGUCCGUUGCGUUGGAUCCGUCUUUAGGGACGACCGGAAGGCACGAAUCUGGAAACACCGGCUCAAUGCCAAGUUCUACAGCGGCGGAAAAGGAGCGCUCCGGGGUAGGGCGGAACGCAAGCGGAAGGAGCGACCGGAACUAUCAGUCGGGCGACAAAAGCCGAGGGGAGGAAGUGGCCGGGGGAGGCAACCGGGGCGGAGAGGCUGGAACGUCGCAAGGGGCGGAGCUUACGACAGCGCAGGAUGCGCACACUAAGGAGAUGAAGAAGCGGGCCAACGCCAUGGAGUUCCUGAAGCAGGUCAAGUCCGAGUUGGACGCGGCUGACUUCGAAAGAUUCCGAACCCUCCUAACGGACUUCAAAAAGGGUUCCACGUCAACCGAAACUUUACUCGACGGCGUGGUUCCCCUCUUUGCGGCCAAGCAUCGGUGGAAGCUCCUUGCCGGUUUCGCGACCAUUGUCAAGCCCGCCGACCGGCCCCUUCUUCAGCGGAAGAUCGACGCCGAGAAGCGAAGGCGGGGGAUGAGCGAUGGAGCCCAAACGCCCGGGCCGUCCCAAAAUGGGCCGAGGAGUCAUAGUACGCAGCAGCGGUCGACAGGUGGCGGCGCGUCGUUUGGGCGAUCGCAAGGUAACGAGUCACCGGCGGAAGGUGCAUUCCAGCGCCCAACCGACGGAUACUCGGCGCCCGGGCAGAGGGUGACGUCUUCGGCAGGUGGGAAAGCGCUCGCAAAGAGCGAGCCACGGAAUAGUGUAGAUAAUGCAGCGGAGGUACAAAUAGGGCGAAAGUGCGCCAGCUGUCAGAAGCGGCCCCCCGAGAAAGCUUUCAAAGCGGCGUGCGGCCACAUUUGCUGCUACGCGUGUUGGCUGCGGAUCGUGGAGAGAACCAAGAUGUGUCCGACUUGUGGGGGCCGUGUGCACAAGGCGGCACUCGAAAAGCUGUACUUCUGAGUUGGCAACAUUGCACGUGCAUUAACAGAUCAAUUAGGAGUUGAACACGAUCGCUUGAGUUGUUCAGACGUUCCCCUCCAAUAGAGAAGCAUCGGAAGUCACUGCCGCUAGCUCUGCUUCAACAAUCUUGAACCGUAGACACGCAGUAUGGGUUGUCUGAAUUGACCGGACUCUUCUUCAAGCGAUUCAGUGUCGCUUGUCAUUGAAUGGCCGCCCAAACAUGGCGUCUUUUGUAUGAGAAGGCAACUAAAGUGCCGCACCUUGUUCCAAUGGGAGAAACACG